UACUAUUAGUACUACUAAUAUUAUUGGUAUACUGUGAUUAAUAUUGAAUAUUAUAAUACAAUAGAAACGUUUAUUAUCUGAAUUAGUGAUAUUUUCUUUUAAUCUUUAUUAUAUCGUAUAAUGUUGGUACCGUAGAGGUUAACAAGACUGCUUAUACAUACAGAUAAAGAUUUCGAAGUAUAAACAGUGUUAUCAAAUGUUAUCAUGUAUUAUAUGAAACGAUUGUCGCUGGUCGGUAACUUAUUUAAUUCUGAGAUAUAUUAAUAAACAAUAUUUUCUUAGAAAACUUGUGGUCAAUGAUAUUUUCUAGCACAUUAAUAAAAUAAAGUGCUGAAUUCAUACGAAUGAACAAUUUUUGAUAUCGUGUGUUGUGGAAGUGUGUGCAUCAUUUACUGCACAAUGUUAGAUGGAUCAAACAAGACACAAACUGUCUUGUCAAUCCAGCAGCAGUUUAAUAUCGUACAGAAACUGCAUAACACAUGUAAAUGGAACGACCUUGACAAUGUAGCAAUAGAAUACCAUGACCUAGAAAAAAACAUCUAUAUAAAUUAUAGAGAACUUUUUGCUGCAAAAACUAUGCUUUUUGAUUUUUUGAAAUGCAUAGAAUGCAGUGAAUUUAUUGGUAUCAAUUAUGAUGUUCCUAAUUAUUGUGUUGUCUCUUUGAUGCUUGGGAUUUUAACUAGUAAACACAGUUUUGUGAAUAUACCAUCAAAUGUAACAGAAUAUAGAAAUUUACAAAAUUCCUUGCACAUACAUUAUUUAUUUUGUAAGCAAAUAACAGUUGAAGGAGAUAUUCUAAAGCAAUUCUCAAUACACAGUGAAUGUAUAUACUUUAUAAAACUGAAACAUAUUAAACAAAAAUGUACACAAAACCUUGAACCAAAUUAUUAUGCUUAUGCUAUUACUACUUCUGGUUCAACUGGAGCAUCAAAAGUUGUUAAAGUGUCUCAUGCUUCCAUAGUACCUAAUAUUCUAGAUUUAAGCAGAAUUUUGACUAUAAACAGUUCUGACAAAAUUGCUCAAAUUACUAGUUUUACAUUUGAUCCUAGCAUCAUUGAAAUUUUUCUUGCUCUCUCAAAUGCUGGGACAUUGUUUAUGGCUUCAAAGUCAUUGAAAAAUAAUACAAAUAGAUUCUUAGAUGAGACUUAUUAUAGUAAAAUUACUAUACUGCAAAUGACUCCAUCAAGUUUUUUGUAUAGUUGGACAGUUGAACGUUUAAAAGCCACUAUUUUAAGUAAUGAUACCUCUCUUAGAGUUCUCCUUUUAGGUGGAGAACCUUUCCCUAAAAUAGAGUCACUUCUUGAAGCUAAACAUCCACAUAAUAAUACAAAGAUUUAUAAUAUUUAUGGUAUCACUGAAGUAUCUUGCUGGGCUAGUAUUAACGAAAUUGUAACAACAAAUCUGCAAAUUAACACACAUUGCUUAGGGCAAUUGUUAUCACAAACCAUGUUUCAAGUUAGGGAUGAAAAGGGAGAAAUAGUGACAAAUGGUAGAGGCUUUCUUCACAUAGGGAGUAAUGAUAGGAUUUGUGUAAUAGAUCACGAAAGUACUGAAAAUUUAGUACCACCAAUAUAUCGCGACACGGGCGAUAUAGUUUAUGUAUGUAUAUAUAAUGUUGCUAAAUAUUUUCCAUUUCUAAUUGUACAUCUAUUUCAGAUUGAUGAAGGAGGUAGUAUAUUUUAUAAAGGUAGAAGUAACAGUAUCAUAAAAAGAUUUGGAAAUAAAGUAGAUUUAACAAAAUUAGAAGAAUGUGCUUUACAAGUAGAUUUUGUUAAAAAUUGUUAUGUACUAUGGGAUGAAAGUUCUAACAAAUUACAUUUGUGUUUAGUUACUAACAAAAAAAUAAACCACUGUCCCAAUAUGAAUAUUGAUAUAGUGAAACAUUUACACAAAUUACAUCCAUUGUAUAGGCCAGACAAAAUUCAUUUUUUAAAACAUUUUGAGUAUAAUUCUAACGGAAAAAUCUCUAUAGAAUUUUUAAAAAAAUAUAUCGAAGAACAGAUGAAUAAAAUCACAGACAAUGUUGACUUCCAAAAAUGUGAAAACCUAUUUCGAUCCCUCUGGAAAAAUAGUCUAAAAUGUGAAAACAAUGGAUUCGUACAAUCGGGUGGUACAUCGAUAAUAGCGCUUCAAAUAUCACAUACUUUGUCCAAUGAAGUGAAUGUAGAAUUUCCUGAAAUCAUCGGUAUGCUUCUGAAUAAUGCUACUGAUGAUGAUUGUCUUAGUUAUAUAAAAAAAACUUUAUCGAAUAAUCCUAAAGACAAAACAAUCAACCAUUUGGAAUAUCAUUCUGAUAAUAAUCAAACAGUAUCUUUAGUUAACGCCACCACGAAUGUAGAAAGUAAACAUUCGAAUUCAGUGACUAUGGCACCUGAAAUUUAUAAGUAUCAAUGGCAUAAGUGCAGGGGACAAAUACACAGUAGUACAACAAUUACAAACGAAAAUCUUAAAUUACAAUAUAAUAUAAUUUCAAAGAUCGAAAUAAUAAAAACGUAUGAUUUACGAAAAUGUGUAGAUGCAUCCCCAACUGUAUUUCACUAUUCAGAUGGGAAAACGUAUGCAACAGUCGGUUCCCAUUCUGGUCUUCUUUCUACAUUUUACUUAGAAAAGGAAAGUUGCAUUCCUCCAUUUACGAUAAAAUUACCUGAUAGAAUCGAAGCUUCGGUUUUAAUUUUAGACGAUUUUAGGGGUAUAGUAGGAUGUUAUGACGGCAAUGUAUACUGUCUAGAUUUAAAAAUGGGAUUAGUUAUCUGGAAGUAUCAGACAGGUGACGUCGUAAAAUGUUCCGCAAUAUUUUGUAAACAACGGAAGACAGUAUUUGUCGGUUCCUAUAAUCAUCAUAUAUAUUGUCUCGAUGUGAAGGAUGGGUCCCAAAUUUGGAAAGUUAAAAGCAGUAAUGGAAGUAUUAGUGCUUCCGGUUGUUUACAUUCUCGAUCGAAUUCCGUCUUAUUUGGAACUUUAGACGGCUCUUGUUUAGCUUUGGAACAGUUGUCUGGAAAAAUACUUUGGAAACAUAAAAUGACGGAUCCUAUUUUUGUUGCACCCGUAACGCUAAAUAACGGGCUCGUCUUAAUUUGUUCUGUAACAGGAUUACUGUCAUGUUUCGAUAUCGAAAAUAAUGUUGAGAUAUGGAAAUACAAAGUCAAUGGCAAUGUGUUCUCGUAUAUUGUGAAGCAUUAUGAUCAACUUACAGGUUGUGAAAAUAUUAUUCUGGCUAGUCAAAAUAAGACAGUGUAUUAUCUGCAAUCUACAGAUUCAAGUUUUAGAACUGAGCCUACUUUAAAAUAUGUAUUGAACCUUCAUUCGCCAAUUUUUGCCACUCCCUGGUGCGAAGGUAAUAUUUUAUUUAUAACAUGUACAGAUGGUACUCUAUACAUUUAUAACUUUACGACAAAUAGACUGCAAAAGGUUGAAAAACUUCCUGCCGAAGUUUUUUCAUCGCUUGUAGCUGAAAAUGAUAUCGCAGUCGUUGGUUGCCGUGAUAAUAAUGUAUAUGUCCUAAAACUUAUUGGCGAAUAAAGAUAUUAUUUAUUUUUUAUUCGAUGUUUUCUCUAUUGGUUCAUAAUAAAGUAGUUAGGAACAACAAAGUAAUGAAAUUAAUACAAUAUCGUUUGUUUAUUUUUUACGACUGUCACAUUACAGUUACGUGAAUAACACUUUAGAUAAUGUAAUGGUAGAACAUGUAUCCGCCUUCCAAUGAAUUUCGUAUGUGAUGCAAAUUCGCGGUGCGCUCACGGUUUUAAGCAAGAAUGCAAGCAAAAUCAAAAUUCUGAGAAAUAGCCAAUCGCUCUUUAACGAAACAUUCUCGCAUACAUAAAUGCAGACGUAUAGCAGUUCCAAAAACAAUGCGUAUCCGUGCAUAAUUGUCUUUUUCCUUUUUGUUGACGCGCCCUCUUAAUCGAUGAUUGUGUCAUAAAUAUUGGACAAGGAAAUUCUGGUUCUCAAGCUCACAUAAAAUAACAACGUUUCAACGAUUCCAUCAUUUCUAUAUUCUCAUUCUUAUAUAUCUGAGAAUGAGAAAGAAUAUACAUAUAUCUAUUUAAUUUAUAUUUAAAUGCUUGGCCGCUUUUUCAACCUUCUUUUUCCUAAUAGUUCGACAUAGAUUUCCUCCUGUAAUAAUUCUUGUUACAGGCAAUUGUUCUUUGCGAGUGCUUUAACUUAUGCAUAUUUACUUUGCGUUUCCGUUUAAUAUACAUAUUUAAAAUUUUAAAUAAUAUCAGAACUAAAUGUGCAGAAGUAUGACGUACUUUCUAAUUCUAGGUCGCGGCAUGCUAUUUAGAUACUUGCGUGUAGAAUUCAUUUU